CCACCACCUACACUCGACAACAACGCGCGCGCGUACGCACUUUCUUGGGUAGCUCACGGACUGGACCGGACCGGACCGGACGCAGAAGUAGAAGCAGAAGUAGAGGCAGAAGGAGAAGGACGUCACGAUGCUGCUCUUCUGCCCCGCCUGCAGCAACACGCUGACGGUGUCGCGCGUGCCGGACGCAGCCAUCGCUGACGGCGCGCCCGACGCCCACCUGCGCGGCAAGAAUCGCUUCGAGUGCCGCAGCUGUCCGUACCAGUAUGUGCUGGAUAGGCGGUAUUACGAGCGCAAGGCGAUGAAGCGCAAGGAGGUUGAGGAUGUGAUGGGUGGGAAGGGCGCGUGGGAUAAUGUCGAUAGGGUUGAUGCGCAAUGCCCCCGCGACGGCUGCGGCGGCGACAAGGCCUAUUUCUACCAGAUCCAGAUCAGGUCGGCCGACGAGCCUAUGACACAGUUCUUCAAGUGUACCAAGUGCGCGAAACAGUGGCGAGACUAGUCGUCCCACUCUUUUCGGUGCGACUACUACAAUCACAACUGCAACUACAGCCUUUACUUCAGCAUGGCGAUGGCGAAAACGAAAAACGGAGUCAAGGUUCUAUUCUCUUCUAUUCUGCAUGGGUGGGUGAGUAGGGUUAUGGGCGUUUAAAGGAAAUGGAUAGAAGGAAGGAAGGACAAAUAAACCAUCCAAGGAAAGGAAAAGCAGUUUACUCAACACAAGCAAGCAAGCUCGUAUCAAACAUAAAGCAACUAAAGCCCGCGAAAACGGCAGCGCCACCAGGGCAGCAAGAACC